AUGAGCAAAGGCCGCGGCAAGAAGCGCGCCCACACCGGAAGCGUCCGUGGAGAAACACCUCCUGGUGGGCAUGAAGCCGCCUCAGCACCACCGCACGCCGAUCCUGAACAGGUGAUCACAGCAUUUGUGGAUCGCCAUUUCUCCGAGCACUUUGCUUCAGACAAACCGCCAUCCGACCAAGACCUUAUCCUUUCUCGUUUGCUCUCACAACGCCUGGCUCCACUGAUUCUCCUCGCACCAAACAGGCCAAAGACUCGGUCAACAAAGCUCAAGCAGCUGAUGCAUUGGGGUGGUCUUCAAUUUUGCCACAACGUGCUUUGUAACCCGGACCAUCCUGGCUUCGUAGUGUACACCGCUAACUUUACCAAUCUCAUUUGGGAAUCGCAGACCGAGUUAAAGGACAUCAUACCUGAGUUCGAGAGGAUGACAGACGACGAAGACAAAUCGCGCGUAGACAAAUCGCUCGUAGAAAUGGAGGUCAGCAACGUUUACUCGAAUCUCGCCGCAAAACUCGCCUCCUACAGUGAUGUGGACGAGGCACUGUCGCUUGUACUUGUUCACCUUGCACGUUCAUUGCCCGCCCCUAAGCUGGGCAUGGAAGGAGUGGAUGCUAACGUUCAUUAUCCAGAGCAAUUUGGCCGUGACUAUUACGGUAAUGCGCCAGACCGCUUCCUGCAGUUCAUCACUGAACACGAUCAGAAGUUCAGCACGCUUGAUCCAAGCCAAGGAAAAAUUUAUUAUCGAGGCACCCCCAUCGUCCAGUCAAGCGGCACCGGCAAGUCGCGCCUGGUCUACGAAUGUCGACAUCGAACUCCUCUUCUCUAUGUCUGCGUCCGAAAACGUACUGCCGAUGGAUUGUCUAUGAAAGGCUAUCCCUUUCCUGAUCGUGGUGUACGUGCCUUUUUCGAAGAGGCUCAGAAGACCCACAACAAUAAGUGUAACCUUCAGAUUGCCUGUUUCCUCGGCGCUUGGUUCUCGGAGCUUGCUCAACGCCUCGCCGAGCGGCCCACUCAGCAGCAAAAACACGACUAUCUGAUGCAGCUCAACCAUCUCCAUCUAAAGGAUGGUAUCAAUGCUGAACGCACCGACUUCUUCCAAACCGUUUCCGAGCGCGCUUCUGACACCCUCAAGCGUGCCGACAGCAGCUUUGACGAAAAGUCGAAACGUAAUGAACUCUUCACCACUCACCUCAAAUCGCCGCUUGCCGCCCUCGAACGAGAGAUGAAGUGCAUUAUAGCUCACAUGUACCCGCCCAACGCCCACGGCGGAUCAUCACCCAGACCUCCUAUCAUUGUGGCCUUCGACGAGUGCGUCGAACUCAACAUCGAAAAAAACCCAGACAUCAAUCAGCUCAACAGCCUCCGCCGCGCAUGGAAUUGGAUCAAUGCCCAACAAGCCAGCGCCAAGACCACGACGUUCUGGCUUGUGUUGAUCAUGCCCAUUUUCAUCGGCGUUAGUUUUGACGUGCUGCUUUCACAGCAACCCAGCCUUUCUUGCGCCUCGCAAGCUUCUGCGGACUCUCACAUCAUUUACUACGGACGACCGCUGUGGAAGACAUUCAAUUCUGGAAGCCUCUGGGUGAUGGCCAACCACAAAUUGAUGGGUGGCGAAGACUUUGCCAUCCGCAAGACCGCCCACUGCUUCAGCAUCUUGGCGUCUCGUCUCGCGCUAAGCCUUUCGCCGACUGAAUCGCCAAACUCGGAACUCUUUGCAAGACAGAAGCAAUUCGUCGACAGCACAGUAGAUCGCCACAUGCGCAUUGUCACGCAUGUUACCAGCGAGGGUGUCAUGCACGUUGAAUCUCCAUCAGAGCCUGUGCUAGCCAUCGCUGCUUCCAAUAUCAUGCUGGCUCCCUACCUCCAGUCAGCUGAGAACGCGAGAGGCUACACGUACGCAGACAUCCUCAAGAAAUUUCAGCAAGAAUGCUUGCUCAACCCCGAUGUUGCCUUGCUGAAGGGCAGUUUCGGUGAACUUGCCUCGCGGAUCAUCUUGAUGGUUGCUUGCGACGCCGUGAAGCGCAAAAAAAUCGAACAAACCGAGCCAAAGGAAUCGUCGGACACCCAGCACGUGGGCGCCAGCAUCUACGCCAAGCCCGUGCGUCUCGAAAGCGUUCUUGAGAACCUCGCCGACCUCGACGAAGCCAAUCUCGCUGCGCUGCGCCAACGCCUUGAAGAUGUCUACGAUGCCGGCUCACGCACCGAACGGCAUGCGAUUCCGUUCAGAGAUCAGUUGCAAUCGGCUUCCUCUAUGCUGCCGAUGUGGAUCAACUAUUACGCAUUUCGACUUGCUUCCCGAAGCGAUCAACAAGAUAACACCCGAAUUUCUAUGGCACUGCUGGAAGCGUGGAGUCAUCUCGACCGGCCCUUCGUUGAUGGUUCAUCCACCGAUGCCUCUAACAUCACUCUUGAGCCCAGAGAGGGCGAGAGGCACGCUGCGCGCUACAUGACCUACAUUGCCUGGGAAGCAAAGAACCGAAGGGAUCCACAGAGCACCACGGUCCCUGCUAGUUCAGCGCCUGUCGUUGCUGGACCCGGUGAUCAAGAGCGCCUCGAUGGCACCGCCAAACGAGAAGCCACUGACCGAACAGGCUCUGUUGAUCGUGCUUUUCGACCUUGGCACAAGCACCGGGUUCAAGAAAGCGCAAGACGGCUCUCGACCGCAAGUGACGCCUAUUACCGGUCAACAGUGCCCUCGGCUGUGCAUUCGAGGGUUUGCUCGGCCCGCACGCUUACCCCUGUCUGGACCUUUUCGAGGCCCGUUCAACCUUGGUGGACAUUCUGUCGUCUAGCUCUGAUCCCGCACCAAACCCCUCUCAACAUCAUCGAAAAGCCCAUGUGGAAUGAGCGCAUCCAGCCCGAGUCGGAUUCCAUUUAG